CCCCGUGCGACGAGGCGCGAGGGGCGGAGGGAGGGGGAGGCAUGGCCCCCGCCGCCGCGCCCGGGGCUGUUUGUUGUGGGCGGCUGUUAUGGCCUCCGUCGCGGGAGAGGCCGGCUUCAUCCCGCCCGAGGUCUCCGCCCCGCUAGGGGACUCCUCCGAGGAGGCAGCCGGAGAGGUCUUGAGAGGCGCCCUGCGCUCGCUGCCGGCGCUGGUGGGGCAGGUUAGUUUGGCUUGGGAAGGAGCCAGCGCAGCAGCCGCGCUUGGCGGCGGAGGCAGGAGGGAUGAGGGGCAGUUGCCGCCGUGGAAACAUCCUCGAAAGGGGGGGGGGCUUGUCUAAAAGGGGGAAAAUAAAAGGUCGGCCCCGACACCCAGCUCCGAUCUCGCUGCGCAAGUUUCCCGAAAGACGUGUAUCUGCACGAGACAAUCGUGUUAAAAUAGUUUUUAAGGAGUCUCUCCAAGGAAAAGAGGCUUAUGAUUAAGCCUAGCAUAGUGCUUCAGGGCUCCCUUCCCACGUUUUCUCCGUCACGCUUCGCGUAUCUGAGCCUCGAACCGAGCUUACCAAACCUAAGCUUGCUACUACUUGGAAGCAACUGCUAUUGAUUUCCGCAGGAACCUCUUGCCACCCUCGGUGAUUGUUGUUGCUGACAUGCAUGCCCCACAGAAAUCAAUAGGAUUACAAGGGACGUUUUAAUCCUCACGUUUUUCCUAGUGGGGUGUUGCUUUCAUAUAUUUCAUUUAGCUUUUCCAGGCUCGUUUUUCGUUGAUGCAUUUGGUACAUUGCGCUUCCCAACCCCAACCCCCCACCACUCACGAGUGUGUAAUGUAAAUCUGCAAAUUUGGGAACCUAUUUUGUAUAUGGCUCUUCCUCUUCUUCUACUCUUUUUUUUUAUUAUAAUAACCUUCAUUAUUUUGACUUGUGUGACACUGGCACAUGGGUGGCCGACACACAUUUGUUCUGCAGUGAACAAAUGUAAGUAGCUGAAGAACUGAGUUCAAAUUGUGGUUUACAUAUUGUAAGGAAGGGGAGCAAAAAUCCCAUGUGAAACUCAGCAUUCUGUAAUUGCUUUUUUGCCACCUUUUUAAAUGCCUACAUACACACAUUUUACAGCCUGCCUUUCUAAAGGAUAGAAAUCUCUUUAAGGCUUGUGUUACAAUGACUCUUAAAAAACCUCUGCUAAAAUGUAACAAAUACAGGCCUGUCCUCAAAAUCUUCUCUUGCAUCCUUGAGCAUUUACAUGCAUUUCAAUUAAACAGAAGCACAUAUUGAUUGAGGAGUAGAUAAAUGGUUUAUUUCUAUCUGCAUUGAUGGUAAGAUGGCUGCUGGAGUGUAGUAUCACUUCUAGUGUCCAAACUUUUUUUAAAAAAAGUGAGUUGAAAGUGGGAGAGGAUGAAGAGAGGAGCCAUAAGAAUUCUUUACAAUGAGGAAAGGAUCUAUUACAGAGACAGAUAAUUAAAAGAUUCAAUAGCUAUAGUUUCAAGAAGUGGUUUGAUCAAAGAACUUUAAGGAGGAAAUAGAAAUUGAUCAGAGUCAAUAAACAGUGACAUGUUAUGUCUUUUGUUAAACUACAUGAAGUGGGCGAAAAUUAGUUAGAUGGAAACUAGUUGUCUGGCUUUUUGAAAGUGGCAUUUUCUCCAAUGGAUAAAAAGGGUUAGAUUUAGAUCUGGGAAAUAUGGGCUCAAGUCUUCAUUGCUGUUUUGGAUUUAUUUUGUAGCCUUGGCCAUAUAUCAUCAUCAGUUCCCCUUAUCCUAAGAUGGUAUUACAAAAAUAUUGUUUCAUUUGCAAUGAAGAUUGUAAACAAUUUGCUCAGAAGUAAGUCCCAUUGAAAUUGGUGGGUUUUAACUCAGCUUACAGCAAUCUUAAGUGUAGAGAAAGGCAAUGUGGUGGAUCCGUUGUUGCAUCCCAAGCCCUGCUGCUUUGGCAGACAACUGGGGGACUGGUUUCUGUCAUUUUUAUUUAUGCACAGUGAAGUCUGGGUUGGCACUGCUGAAGGUCCUGAGAAUUAGUCCCUCAGGGAAUAUACAGAGCUUUGGAUCCAUCCCAUCAAAAACUGCCCAGUAAUACUGUGUUAGGGCUUUCCCCUUUCUACUGCUGGUAGAAGCCAGCCGAGGGACUUGUAUGUGCCAUCCUAACACAUUGCCCAUCCAGUCAUCAUAGGAAUACUGGAAGGUACCCGAUACUAAGUCAGAUCAUUGGUUUAUCUAGCUCAAUAUUGUCUACAUUGACUGACUGCAGCUACCCAGGGUUUUGGACCUAUCUGGAGCUUCCAGGAAUUGAACCAGGGUCCUUCUGGGUGCAAAGCAGAUGCUCUGCCACUGAAUUAUGGCCCUUCUCCAUGCUAUUCAACAUGGGGCGGAGGAAGGAUAGGAGUUCACUUAAAGUGUCUAUAGAAUUGCAACCUAAAAGUGCUAAAUAAAGUAAUGUCUGCGGAAGGAAACCAGUGUAAAUCAUUUGGUAAAAAUCUUCCUCCCACUUUUUGUAGCCUCAGUUGAAAUUAAAAUUUUCAGUGAAAUGUUUUCACAUAGGACACACACACACACACACACACACACAGUAUACUGAAGUGUAUCAUUAUUUUAAAAUAGAAAAUAGCCACCAUUAGUACUGAGCUUAUCCCCCAUAUUUUGAGAACAUCUUCUGAACUCCCAAGGGCAUCCAUGGGAGGAGCCGAACAUAUGAGAAAAGUUGCACAAGGCAUGAGUGCAGGGAAAGUGAAAAUGGGAGCAUCAACUACUUCUACAUCUUUUAUUUUAUAAGCUAGUAAUAUUCAAAUAUAUAUAGGCCGAGGGGCUUCUGGCGGUUCCCUCACUGAGAGAAGUGAGGUUACAGGGAACCAGAUAGAGGGCCUUCUCGGUAGUGACGCCCACCCUGUGGAACGCCCUCCCAUCAGACCUCUGAAGGCAGCCCUGUUUAGGGAAGUUUUUAAUGUUUGAAGUUUUAUUCUGUUUUUAGUAUUCUGUUGGGAGCCGCCCAGAGUGGCUGGGGAAACUCAGCCAGAUGGGCAGGGUAUGAAUAAUAAAAUUAUUAUUAUUAUUAUUAUUAUUCUACAGCACAAAAAUUAUGACUACUUAAAAUAUGAGACUGAAACCAUCAACAUAUGCAAGAUUAUAUCCAAGAAUUUUGCACAUCAUUCCUGCUACCUAAUGAGUGCACAAUUACGCCAUAGCAGAAAAUUUCAAUAUAUACUGUAUUUUUCGCUCUAUAAGACGCACCUAAUUUUUGGAGGAGGAAAACAAGAAAAAAAAUAUUCUGAAUCUUAGAAGCCAGAACAACAAGAGGGAUCGCUACGCAGCGAAAGCAGCAAUCCCUCUUGCUGUUCUGGCUUCUGGGAUAGCUGCACAGCCUGCAUUUGCUCCAUAAGACGCACACACAUUUCCCCUUACUUUUUAGGAGGGAAAAAGUGAGUCUUAUAGAGCAAAAAAUACGGUAUAUGUUUCAGUCCUCUGAAAAACAUAUAUCUUUUAUAUGUAGAAAAAAGUGGCAUAUUUUCCCUUGGGCUUGGAAAUAAUCUGUUAAAUGGCUCCUGGUUUCCUAGGCUGCUUAUGCCUUCCCCACUGUUGCUCAUAAUAUUGAAGUACCCUUCACCCCAAAGUGCUCAGAGUGUACUAAAUAUUUCAGUUGAGGGAAAACACUAGUGGAAACCACCAAUAAUGUGUCCCAAAUUGUUAAACUCCUGGCCCAAUUCCACCUCUGUAUUUACAUACAGCAUAAAUAGGGCAUGUCUGAAGUAAGAAUAUUGAAAAAUCCUCAAAAGCAAUGAUGUUCAGGAACAGGGGGUUAAGUUUCUAGACUCAAAAUGGCAGUAAUUUUUAGCAGAAAAAAAUAAAACUACAGUAACUAAUUGAAAUCUAUGCAGUUAACUGUCACAUGUGCUCCAUUAGAAUGUCACCUCAGAACAUGAUUGUUUUAAAACUUGAGUUGAUUAACCUGCAGAUUCCUCUGUCAUUAGAAGUGAGAAUGACAACUAGCUUAGAUAGUAAUAGAUUUAUUCUCUAUAAAUUUUCCUGAGGACUAGGAACAUAGUUCAGAAGCGGUAUCCCACAGAGUAACAGUUGCCAGGAAGCAACAGCAGGAGAUGACUUGUAUUGAAGGCCUGCUUGUUUGCUUUCCAUAAGCAUCUGCUUGGUCAGUGUGGGAAGCAGGCCGCCAGACUUGGGAGUAGACCAUGGGCCUGAUUCAGUCUGUUCUUGAUGCUUUCGACUGAUGUGAAAUUCCCGUUUAACUCUUAGGCUGUUUGUGGUUGGAAGGGCUGUUGUGUUGAAGCCCUCUUGUGACAUGAUUUGUUUCACUUUUGAAGCUUAAUAUUGGAGAAGAUGUGGUGAAAAUUAACAUCGACUGGAGCAAGCUUCAAAGUACAUCACCCGCGUUGCUCUUUACUGCUCUGCAGCAGCAUAUAUCAGGUUUACAGGUAAUUUUUUUUUUCUUGGAACUUUAAAAUCUCAGCUCUCUCAGAGUAAUCCUUAAAUGCAGAACCUCAGCUCAGCAGUUAGGGCUGCGGUGUAAGGAAAUGGUGCAUCUUACUGUAUUGUACACCUGAGGUUCCACGGUGCUUUCUAAAAGAUUUAAACCUGUUACCUUAAAACAAUUAUCAGAAGGAUUGUGGGAAUAGCAUUGCAAGCUUCUGUGGAUAAGUAGAUUGUGCAAAUGUAGUCCUGUUGAUUUCUACACUUCCAUUGUAAAUGCAGUACAUUUCCAUCUGUGGUGGGUUAUAAUUAAGCAAUAACACGGCAGGUGUGUGUCAUGCUAUGAUAAUGAUUCCAUGCGUUGGGUGAGUUCUGCGGUUCGUAGAGUGCUUUCAGUGGAUCAAGAAGUGGCAUUAUCCCAGCAUGAUGCAUCCUGGUGUGUGUGUCUGCAAUUAACCAUAUUUCCAGCACAGAUUUUUUUUUCCUCAAAGUAACUUCUUAGAUAUUUAAUCUUUCAUCUUGUCAAGUAACCAGUUGCUCUGUGUUAUCCUAUUCAUUUGACAUUUUAAAACCAUUAUUAAUGUGAAGUUGCACUAUUUGCCUUGCUCCUUGUUUUUGGAUGUCAUUUUUGAUUGCAUGCUAGCACAGUUCAUGUGGUGUCUGUGUGAUGCCACAAUGAGAAUAUAUUCAACUGAGGUGUGGCCUGUCACAACAUCUCCUUUGCAACUUCUCUUGGGAAUAAAACAGAAUGAUGUUGGUUCAUUUCCUGUCUGUCUUUGUGGGGGGCUUGUAUAGCAGAAAUUUCCCGAUGAUUGUGCCAUCAUUCUAAAUAAUGUAUAUAUCAAAAGCUUUUAAAAAAGAAAAGAACUUGCAGGGCAGUGAGCACAACAAGUGCUCUCAUGCAAUUGUUUCUUAGUAUGAGAACUAAUAACCUUGUAAGUGGAUGUUAUUAUUUUGUUACUGUUUUUUCAAGCAAUUUGAUAGUGCCAACCGAAGUAUUUCUAUUAAUAGCAUUGGUGUAAAAUCCUAAUUUUGUAUCUCCAAAUAAGGAAUAAACAUUAAGCUCAAUUAAAUGGAAGUGGGGGGAUUGCUGAUGUUGUAAAUCACUUCAUAGUUUUUGAUUGUUCGCAUGAUUUGCAAGUGCUGUUUUUUGCUGAGUUGCUGUCUAGCCCUUUUAUUGCAGGUUCUUUAAAAGUGUAACAGAAGAAUGGAUGAACUAACUUGUAUUUGGGUUUAUUUUGUUGUAUGACUUUGCACAGAAAAUGCAAAGGAUAUAAAUAGGGCUUUUUUUAAUGAUGAGAAAAAUAAGGUGCAUUUAUUUUGCUUCUCUGGUUAUUGGCUGUGUUGGGAGAUGCAUGAGCCUGUAGUACAAUGUUUGUAUUCUCCCAUGCAUUUUGGGUGGCUGCGUUUCAAGUGGAGAUGCUGCCAGUGAUGUAGUGUUAAAGCAAGAGCUUUAGCAGAAUGAGAGUCUUGGCUCUCAUGUUAAGGAGGAAAAAUACUUAAGCCUUAAUGUUCUGGGUAAGCAUUUGAAUGGCAUGUAAAUUAAGUGGCAUUGGUGGCGAAGGGUGCUGCUUUGAUUUGGUACAAAACAGAUGAGUAACAGGCAGAUUUUCUCAGAUAGUCUGGACCCUCCAGAGGUUGAUUUUUUUUCAGAUACGCAGAUUAGUAAAAGGCACCGAUCGAAAGGGCAGUGACACUUAGAGAUGUUGUAUUUUAAUUCUAGUUUGAUUGAAUUAUGUACACAAAGGUGAUGGCAUAUGGCCUCUACAAUUAUUUUAAGAAGCUUGUUUUAGAGAUUCCAGUUAAGAAAAAGUGUUCUGUCAGUUUGAAUCCCAUCUCUCUCUCCCCCGCUCUCCUUUCUUUUGCUUUAGCCAUUUAUAGAAAAACUCCAGUCUUUGAUUAAAGAAGAAAGCACUGUACCCGCUGAUGAGUCCAGUAAGACAGAAGGUGGAAAGUGUGAGACUAAUUCAAAUGUAAUAGAAAAAGACUUGCAGAUGGAAGUGACACAUGCAGCUUUUGGUUCUGCAAGCCUGAAAGAGGCUCAUGUUGAUUUUGACCCAGAAGUAGUCCAAAUAAAAGCUGGGAAAGCUGAAGUGAGUGAGUCUUGGGCCACUUUUUUCUUUCUUUUCUAAACUAGACCAUUUCCCCCCUAUUUUGAAUGGAAAUAAUGAAAUCUAAAUACAAGUUGUCCCUGUCACCUGCAGAUUGAAAGACGAAUAUCAGCCUUCAUUGAAAGGAAGCAAGCUGAGAUCAAUGAAAACAAUGUCAGAGAAUUUUGCAACGUUAUCGAUUGUAAUCAAGGUAGCUGUCCACUUGUGGUUUAAUUUUCUUACCCUUUUAAGUGUGAUCUCUUGCCCUAUUAUUUGAACAGCUCCUAAAAAAAAAUAUUGAAAAAAGGGCAAUGUUACAUAGUUAACCAUGUAAAAGGCAUUGGUUAGACAAAACGUAAAGGGAGUCUUAGUUUACAACACCCUGAUUUGUACUCAUUUAUAAUUCGGUCCCAGUGACUUCAAUAAACUUAUUUCCAGUGUAAUCUAAUUCUUAUUCUAGGGUAUUCUCAAUAACUGUAGUGGCAUACAAAAGCGUACAUGAUUUCUAGACUGCACCCUUAACUAAGAAUAUGGCUUUUCUAAAAAUAUUUUGGGGAAAGCUAUAUAGGGUAUGAAUGGAGUCCCCUUCCUUACUAUAAAUCAAUCUGAGCAAGUCUGUGUUUACUGGGUUUUUUUUCACCUGUUCUCUUCUUACUAAUUGCAUUUUAGUGUGAGUAACUGUGCACAGAAAUGUAUCACAGAAGUGUGAUAAUAAUGUGCACUAAUAAUGAUUCUUAAAACGUGAGGAGAAAAGUAUGUUCUUAAUGAAGUAUAACUUCUGGAUUUCAUCAUUUAGAUGUACUGAAGAAGAUAAGCAUGGUUGUUAAGCUCCUUUAGCUUGUCAUUGAUAUUUCCAUUUUAUACAUGGCCAUCACUUGUCCAACAAACCACAUCCCUCAGAAACUACAUUUCUCUCUUUCUGUACCAGUGACCAAGAUCAUACCACUGCUCAAGUCAUCUUUCAUCAUCAGUAUCAUCAGUGGUAUUGCUUUCUGGGUAUUAAAAGGCACAACUCUGAAGGUGAACAUUUUUCCACCUGUGCUUUUAAAUUAUUAUUAAAAUAGAUGAGAAAAAUGGAAUACAGCAAUCACACAAAUUAUGUCAUGAAUAAAAUCAAAAUCAAACAAUAAUACAUAUGUGUGAUAUGCCUGCAACACAAGUUCCAUAGUUUUAUAAACAGAGCAAGAUUCCUCAGUAUCUUAAGAAAAGCAAAUAACCAUUUCAGUAUUUUGAUCAUAUUGUUUUUUCCAAAAGGUGACACAUUCAAUUGGUAAAGAUGUUCUUUUCACUUCUUAAACCUUAUGAAAUGUGUAAGCUUCACCACCAAUAAGUGCUUGCCUUCCAGUGCAACCAUAUCCAUGUAUACUCAAAAGUCUCCUUUAAGUUCAGUGGGCUUGCUUCCAGAGAAGUGUUUAUACGAUUGUAGCCUUAAUCAUUCUUCAGUAGGUUUUUUUCUGUUCUCUACUUGGAAACAAUUUCAGUUUUUCCAGUAAUUAACACGUUAGUUACCACUUUUCUCUAUUCCUAUAUUACAUAAUUUUUAUAUAACCUGGUGCAUUAUAACUUGGCCCUCUUAUUUCCUUAAUCAUAGCAAAAAGUCUGACCCCAAAUAAAACAUUUUGGCAAAAACAAAAAACAAACCACCAAUUAUCAAAGUCAUCAGCAGAACUGACAGCAUCUCCAGUGCCUAUCGUCUUGUAUUAAAUGCAUCUGUCUCAAUUUACCUUGUGCUGUAUACCACCUGCACAUGAUUUUAAAGUGAUUUCCCCUUAAAUUAGUUGAUAUAGAAUACUUGAUUUCUUGUGUAAAUACAUACUCACAUGAAUAUUCUAUAAUACCACUCCUUAAAUAUUUUCCCAGUCUAGUCUAAAUUUAUGUUCAGUGGGAACUUAUGUUUUGAGGAAAUGAUAAUGUUCAGAAAAUAAACCUUUGGUUUUUACCAGAUUUUUUAUAUCUAUAUCCAUAGUGUGUGUGUGUAUAAUUUCAAAACUUGUUUAAUUUUAACCAAGUGUUUACUAAUCCAUUCUAUUACAAAAGCAUUUAACAGAAAACAUGAUAUAAUUCCUCACACACAUGACUUUAGAAAGUAUCCAUCUUUAAAAUAAGAAUAAAAAUAAAUUAUUUAAAUGAGUGCCUUGCCCAAACAAUUAAAGUAGCCAUAAAUUCACUCCAUUUAAGAGUAUCAUUAUAAAAACAAGUCUAAUUGGAAAGCAAAUCAUCUUAUCCUUAUCCUAAAUAUUUGACACAGGAGUUUUGCCAAUAUUUCUUUCUCUCUCUCUAAGCUGCACACUUGGAACAUAUAAUAUUGUACAUUUCCUGUACGGGAUUCUGACAUAUGUUCUGGAUCUUUUAAUAUUGAAAGCUGGGCGCUUCUGUAAAUUGGCAUUUGUUAAGUGUUAAUGGGGUUUUUACUUUUUAAAAUAUUAAUAGAGCAGUAUAGUUAAUAACUGCUAAACAUGAAGACCCUAAAAUGUGGAUAUUAUUAUUGUCCCUAGAAAAAGUAAUCUCAGUAAUCUGUAUAUCUGUAAUCUGGCCUACAGUAAGUAAAACCAAGUUUGAACAUCAGCACUGAGUGUUCUGUGCUUUUAGGUUGAAAUCCAAUUUUAGUCAUUUUUGGGGUAGAUAGACUGAAAUCAGUAACUUAAGUCUAUUGAUUUCAGUGGGUCUACUCAGAAUAUGACAUAAUUGGAUACUGCAUCUUAUUUAGGUAUGCUAGCUGGCUCUGUUAAGCCUCUGGAGCGAAGUGUGGGCUUUUUAAAUGACUGCACUAAUGAUCACUUAUUAAAAACACUCUUAGAAAACAGUUGUGCAAGGACUGAUGCAGUGUUCACACCUUACCCAGGAUUCAAAAGUCAUGUUAAGGGUAAGUACUAUUUAUCAUUAUCUGUCAGUGUAUUUAAUGAGGGAUUUUGUCCUCUAAAGUAACCCUUUAAAAAAAGAAGAACCAAUACAAUUAAUAUAGGCAAGAGGGAACUUGGUCAGUUUCUCUACGCUCUUGAACUAGACAUUCACUUGAUAACGGAAGAUCUCUCUCUUUCUAAGAUGAGACAUCAAUUGAGGCGAUAUACCUAGUCCAAUGUACGUUUAUUCAGAAAAAAAAAGUUCCCAACUGAGUUGUGGGAUUACAGCAUCUGUUCAUUUUCUAAGCCAAUGAGAGACACUUUGUUCAGCUGCAUUAGAAAUGUUUGUCAUUUUAUAUUAAAUUUAGCUUUUCAGAAACAAGUGCUAGAAACUUGGGUUGGGGAGAUGAUUUUUUUUAUUACUGUUAUUUAAAAAAAUUAUCCAGCUGUGAUUUUAAGCACACCUAUUAGGAAACAAAUCCCAUUGAACUCAGCAGGGCUUGUUUUGAAGUAAGUAUGCUUGUGAUCAGACUGUCAGCAUUCUACAAAAGACUGUGGCUACUGUGGUAGAAAAUGGCUUUUGGAUGAAAGUUGCCUUGCAUUAUUAUAUCACUGAUUCUCUAAUUGCCUUUGUAGAAUGGUCAAAAGCUUUAUUCUUUAGGAAAGCUUUUGGACCAUAAAUGGUUGUUUCGCUUUUGAAGUGGUUUUAAUUGCUGUGAUUAAAUUAUUUUUUCAUAGUUUUGUUCUCCCUCCUUCACCCUCUCCUGUUUUAGUGAGUUAUUUCUGCUUUAUUGCCAUUUAUUGUCAUUUUUUAAAAAAAAUGCUAGGUUAUUUAACUUGGUGGUGCUAAACACAUUGGGCUUGUUGAGGAAAAGUGGGAUAUAAAUGUUGUAAAUAAAGAAACAAAUCAAUGGCUAGCUUUAAAAAAAAAAAGAUGGCAGUGUGAAAAGUUCAAGGAGUAAUUCUCUAGAAUAGUUGUCUGGAGCAAAGGUGGGGAACUGGUUUGACUCCAAUCUCCCAUCACCCUCUGCCCCGGCCAGCAUGGUCAGUGGUCAGGAAUGACCAUUGCUGUUAAUCCAGCAAUGUCCGGAGAAUCAAAUGAUAUUGCUCCCUCUUUCUCUCUUUUGUGGAGCGUUUAUUGUGGGAGUCUGGAACUCCUGCUAAUUGUAUUCUUGGUGGGGCGGGGUGAAGAGCAGGUGAGUCAUUUCUAUUAAGCUGAGCACCACAUAAUCUUUAGUACUUAAUAGUUGCUAAUUUACCAUAUUGAAAGUAAGCUCUGCCAUGCAGUUUCUAAUUGGAGGUGUUUUAAGUUAGUGUAGAAUCACAGUGCAGUAGUGCACAUGACAAGAACAAUUCAAAGCACAUGGGAUAGUCGUAUUUAUUUUUCCCAGCAUGAGGCGUACAAACAGCAGGGGUAUUUGAGUCAGUAAGGAAGAGUAAUUGAAGAAUUCAGAAGUUAGAUGUCUUGUGCAGUUUAGCCACCACCAGAGUAGAAUGCGGAACAUUACAGUUUAAGCUAGGGACAAAUGCAAAUUGAGAUUGGCUAGAAUUAUAUUCUCUUAACUAAGGAAGCAGCCCUGGGAGUAGUCCUAUUAAACACAGUGGGGCUUACUUUUCUAGCGAAAUUAAUGAAAUUGCACUGUCAAAGGUAUUCUCCUUGCAGAUAAUCCUUGCUCGUUCCUUCCAUGUGUGUAAAAUAUUCAUCUUGUACUUCUUGAACCUAGUUUCUCGAGUUGUAAACACCUACGGACCCCAGACUAGAAGUGACAGUGCUCAUGGGUCCACUCAUAAGGCGAACUCCCUUUCUCGGGAUUGUGGGAAUCAGGCUGUAGAAGAGAGACUGCAGAACAUUGAAGCACAUUUAAGGUUGCAAACAGGUUUGUAGAAAGCUUGUUAUCUGUGUAUGCAAAUCAUUUGUAUUCAUGCCCUCAGUUGUGAGUCAUUCGGUGCAGCAGAAACCAUCAGAAGUAUAAAUUCAAAGUGUAACUAUAGAGAAGGCUACACUUUUAUCCCUGGUGUCCUAUUUCUUACUUUUGGACUUCAAAAUUUGGGAGUGUCCUGGCUGAAGAAUGUUGGGACAAGGAUUAGAAUUGUUCAUGUAAAAGCACUAUGCAUUGCACUUCCUUCUCUCUUUUUGUCCCCUCCCUCAAAAAAAAAUCUGUAGGAAUUACGUGUUCAGUCUAGUUGGAUACACUACUCAGUGGCUGGUGGUCUUUGCCAUGUUUACCACUGUCAGGCAGCUUGCUGGGCAGCCUAGCAUGUUCAUUACUAGCCUCUUCCAUAUAAGGAAUGGAAAGAAAAACUCACUAAGUUCUUGUAAAGAUCCAAGAGAGGAAUUACACUCUGGGAGAUAUAUAUAGUCUGCAAAUCUAAAUGUGUGCAUUUUAUUUUUCAUGCCAGUCAUGUUUCACUUCCAGUACAGUACAUCCACAAAAUUUUGAAGUAGGAGUGUAAGGACUCUGGCAUAUGGUUCUUCAGAUGGAAAAAUGUCACAACUCACAACAAUAAGUGUAGUCAAGGUCUCUUUGCAGAAAUCCUGAUCAGUGGUUUCAUUAACUCUGCUUUGAUGGAGCAUAAUGGACAGAGUUAUAUUUUCAAAGAACAAGAAUAAAAUACAAGAUGAGAUUUAUUUUUUAAAAACAAAGCAAAAUAUUAAACCUAUGUCUUUUUUGCAAUUGCAUUCAGAGCUCUGGAUCACCACGUGUAUAUAAGCAAUGCACUUUCCAAACCCAACCUUGGAAUCCUGCCUUGCUAGGAUUCAGCAGGUCUUGGCACCAGAGUAUUGCUCUUUAAUGUAUGUUUUCCCUCCUAUGCACCCUUUGUUAUGUUCAUAUCUUGAUUGAGAGAUUAAUCUUAAAGGCUAUACUGAAGUUUUCUUUUUUUUUCUUUUUCUUUUUCUUUUUCUUGAAUGCUUCUAGUCAUGCUAGCUUUUCAUAUCUGUCUAUCAUCCAUCUAUCUAUCUAUCUCCUAUAAUACAGGUGGACCAGUGCCAAAAGACAUCUAUCAAAGAAUAAAAAAGCUGGAAGAUAAGAUUCUUGAAUUGGAAGGAAUGUCUCCCGAAUAUUUUCAAUCUGUGGUAAGUCUAACUCUGUUGCGCUUCAUAAGGUGCACAAAGCAAAGUAUGUGGAGGUUUUCUAUAGUAAAAAAAGAAAAAAAAGUUACUUCAGUCUAGCCAUUUUGUUCCAGGCACAGAGUUUUCUGCUGUACUUUCCCAGCUCCACAGUCUGUCUUGUUCAUUUCUCUGGAAGGGACAACUCUUCAUGAUGCUCUCUACUGAGGACAGCUAGGCUACCAGCAAAUAUGAUAUGUUCUAUGUACACACUGGAGAAUUCUUGAGACGCUGUUUUGGGAAGAUGUACUAGUUUUUUAAAACUGUACAGAGUAUUUUCCUCUUACAAAGGUGAAAAUGUUUUCUCAAGAGCUAAUUUACUCAUUUGGAUUUAAACACACACACACGCAUGUAUUCCAGGACUCAGGAUACAGAAAAUUAGGGAUGAAGCCUGACUACAGUCCUCUGUGGUUUGCUUGCUUUUUUCCAGCAGGUUUUCCAGUCUAAAAAAGCACACAUACAGCUGCUAGGGUUGGUUAAAAACUCAUUGGGCAACUGUUUGGGGAAGUAGUAAAUCCAGCACCCACUCGUACACAGCUGGUCAGCAGGAUUUAAUAUCCAUGUGUGAAACCUCAGCGGUUGGAUGAAAAAGGGAAGCCACAUGUUGAUAGUCCAUCAAUGCAUGUGGUUCCCCAUCUUUUUGCACAUAACAUGCUCCUAGCAGUAUUAGAAUAAGCAAAUUUUAUAUAGGAGAGGAUUCAGGUGCUCACAUUUCUCUUCAAUAGAAAAUGGAAGCCCUGUGUGAAGGAUGGGCUCUAGGUUGGUGCCUCUUUCAUUAUGAUGAGGAAAAAAAUUAUUGUCCUUUCUUGUUUUUGUAAUACAAAAGAACCAUAGUAGAGAAUGCUUUACUUAUAUUUGGACUUUUGGGUUGGUCUUUUUUUUCAGAAUUUGUCGGGCAAGAGAAGGAAAACCCAACAAAACCAAGUGAGUUGUACUAACCUGUGUGUUUCUUGCAAUUAAAAAUUCAGAGGUUUAUAACCUUUGGUAUUCCUCUACUCUCAGCUUGCUUAAGCUAGAAUAGACACACCAGAAACCCCUCCGCAACACAUGCAUUUUCUUUGUCUCUGUUAACUUAGCAUAUAUUUUAGCACUGUUAAAUAUUUCAUUGUUUCAUAAACUUAAAGAUAGGAUGGACUCAUAUGGCACAGUGGCCCCAGCCAAAAAAAACCUUCUCCAGGCACCUUGGGGAGUGCUUAAAUCUGCUUCUCAGUUCAGUCUGCUGGAUUGCAUGGGAAACAGUAACAUCUCACAUCUCUGGGGACCGACAUCUCGCAUAGUCCAGCCAAUCCUCAUGGGAAUCAGAAUCCAGUGUUCCCAUAGGAGUAUGGAGCUCCAAACAUGGCAUUCCAUAAACAUUUGAAUCUGUCCUAAUCCAGGAUUUAAUUCUUUUUUUAAAAAUCAAAGCAUCAGCCCUUCUAAGUUCUCUAGCAGCACAAUCCUGUGUGUGUUCACUCAGUUCCCUUGUACACUGUGAAAUUUACAACUAACUCCGAAGGAAAUGUGCAUAGGGUUACACUGGAUCUCAAUUCUCAAUAUGAGAAAUCAUCUUGGUAGUUUAUAGAUAGCAAAUUAAAUUCACCGCGACUUUUUCCUCUCUCUCUCAGAUUAUUCUUAUUCUAGCUAAAAAACGUUAGGAGUUUUCAUCAUAAUUACCACCAUAGUCACUGGGGAAAUUCAGAUGUAUAGUAAAUCAUGAUUUAUUAAGCCAGUGAUAAGCAUCCUACACACAGAGACUUCCCUUACAUGCCAACUUUGGUGCUUGUUUUAUGGUUUCUUUAACUGCAAUUUCCUAUUACAUCAGAAAUGGAAAACUGUGAUCUAACUUUGGACUCCAGACAUCAAUAUGAAAGCAGUCUUCAUACUGUGAUCUGUGGUCCAGCAUUAAAGCACAGUUUAGGAUUUUUUUAGCACCCUCAGAAGCCAUACCAUAUGUGAUGUAAAGUGAAACUGGUUUAUGUAACCUCGAUGAAAGUGGUGAAAUUGGCAAAUACAAUGAGAAGAGUGGGUUGAACAUGAAUAAGAUGCUGAUUUUCUGGAUUCUAUCAUGAAAAGUAGCACGGAGUAAUCCUGAAAAAGGCACUCAAUCUCUUUUCAUACACAACCGCCACAACUAGAGUAGUAUAUGCAAAAAAAUGGAAAGAAAAGGAGAUAGCCACAAAAUAAAUAUGGCAAAAUAAAUUGAUAGAAUACACAGAAUUAGUAACUAUGACCACGAAAUGAGUGGAAGUGUUUUGAAGAAUAUCUCAGAGGAUAUAAUAGUCAGUUUAACCUACAAGUAGGAAUGAACAUAGGAACAGCAGAUCACAUUAAAUAAAGGAAGAUUUGAGACGAAGAUGGGUGGAAUAAUAGAAUAUGCAGCCGAGAAAAGACUGCCUAGAAUGCCAUGGGGAGAUAGACUGGGAAGGAUAAGAGAUAACGGGGAUAAGAGGGAUAAGAUUCAUCAUUAUCUCUUAUCUGAGGAUAAGAGAUAAUGAUGAAUCUUGUAUGGUGUAUAUAUAUGUUGUAAAAGUGCAUAAACAGAAAGAAAAGCAGCACAGGGUCUUUUUUUAUAAAAGAGGGGGGAGAGAGAGACUAGAAUGUUUCAAAUGUUUAUGCAACAAAUCCAAGAUGUUAACCUCUUUUUUUCUGAAUGGCAGAACUAUUCUUUGGCUGAACUUGAUGAGAAGAUCAAUGCACUUAAGCAAACACUGCUGAGAAAAACAAAUGAAGGGAGGCCCAAGGUUGUUGAUCAGCUUCUUUGAGUACAGUGAUGUGACUUCAUCAUGCUUUCAUGUGUACUUAACUCCAGACUGCCCAAGUACUGUUUAUCUAGGCACUCUGUGGAAAUGAAACAUUACAUAUGAACCAGUCAAAUUCUUAUUGGAAACCUAGGUCAAGUGAACUUUUUUUCUUCAAAAUGAAGAAUGCUUUUAAACGUCGCAUUGUAAAUGUCUUCCCUUCUGAUGGAAAGGAGGGUCUGUAGAAACGAUAAAAAGAAAACCAUACUUCUUGUAUGUGAUGCCUGUGAAUCAGAAUGCCUCUUUAAAUAUAGUUUUAUCCAAAGACUAUAGUGCGAAACGUGAUUGUUCAUAUAAUUCGCAUAGCUUUGUGAAAUAAAGAGUUAUAUGUAGAAAAAUUAAGCCAGCU